AUGCCUCAGUCGCUCACGACAUUACCAAGCCUCGUGCUCCCUUCCCUGCCUGCCUUCACAUUCCCCCACUGCAGGCCUUCUUUCCCCCCAUUACCUGUCCUCGUGUCCCUUCAAUGCCUGCCUUUCAAUCCCCUCCACUGUCUUCUUUCCCCCCACUCUCUGGCCUCGUUUCCCUCCACUGUCCUCUUGCACCUAAUUGCCUGGCCUUCUUUCCCUCCAUUGAAGGUUCUCCUCCCCCCCAAUGCCUGUCCUCCUUUACCCCCACUGCCACCCUUCCAUUCCCCCCACCGCAGGCCUUCCUUCCCCCCACUGCGUGCCCUCAUUUCCCCCCUCAACCUGCCUUCCAUUCCCCCCACCGCAGGCCUUCCUUCCCCCCACUGCGUGCCCUCAUUUCCCCCCUCAACCUGCCUUCCAUUCCCCCCACCGCAGGCCUUCCUUCCCUCCACUGCGUGCCUUCAUUUCCCCCCUCAACCUGCCUUCCAUUCUUACCAUGCAGUCUGUGCUUCCAACCCACCUCCUGGCCUCCUCUCCCCCCUUUUCUCCUUCCCCCCUAUGCCUGUCCUCCUUUACCCCCACAGCCACCCUCCUACCAUCCCGUUUCCCCCUCCUACCAUCCCGUUUCUCCCUCAUACCAUCCCGGUUCUCCCUCCUACCAUCCCGUUUCUCCCUCAUUCCAUCCCGUUUCUCCCUUCUACCAUCCCGUUUCCCCCCCACACUAUCCCGUUUCCCCCUCAUUCCGUUUCCCCACAUAGCACCGUGUCUCCCCCUCAUAUCAUCCCGUUUUCCCUCAUACCAUCCCGUUUCUCUUUCAUUCCAUCCCGUUUCUCGCGAUUAUCAUCCCGUUCUUCCUCAUACCAUCCCGUUUCUCUUUCAUUCUAUCCCGUUUCCCCUCAUACCAUCCCGUUUCCCCUCAUACUAUCCCAGUUCUCCCUCAUAGCAUCCCGUUUCUCCCUCCUACCAUCCCCACCGGGUUUCCCUCUCUCAUCAUCUCGUUUUCCCUCAUGCCUGUCCUUCUUUCUCCCCAGUGCCUACCUUCCAUCCCCCCCACUGCAAUCUUCCUCCCCCCCAAUUGCAGUCUUCCUUCCCCGCCAUUUCCGGCCUUUCAUUCCCCCCACUUCAGGCCCUUCUUUCCCCACUAGUUUGGCCUUCCUUCCCUCCACUGUAGGGCUUCUUCUCCCCAAUGCGUCCCCUCAUUUCCCCCUUCAUGGCUUAGUAUCCCAUCCUCUUUUUCCCGACGCUGCACUGCAGUUGUUUCUUCCUCCCACUUCUUAUCCUCCUUUCCCUCCCUGGUUAUCAUUCCUUUCCCACCUCCUUGCUUCCCGGUUCGCCCUUUCCUGCGGUGCUUUCCCAAUUCAUUGUUUCCCAUCGAUUCCUCUUGCUCACCCAUUUCUAUGCCAGCAUGCUCGAUCUUCCUCCCACCCCCCACUCUUUCUAUCACCUUCCUAG